AUGUUGCCGCCUCCGACCCCUCGCGUCUCUUCAAUUCCGCUGCCCGCAUGUGGCUGUUGCGGUCACGUAGAGAACACUCAAUCUCGCUCCUUGACGGAAGACUUAAUCAGCAAGGUGCAUCGCGCAAAGGACCUGAACGUCUCGCCGGAAUCCGUCGACCGAGAGCUUCGUGAGUGGGCAUCGCCACCCGUUAGCUCUUUGUCCCGGCCCUCGAUUUCCCCGCGUGGCCCCCCUCCCCUACACUCAGAAUCCUCGUCUUCGUCCGGUUUCUUCGACAUCGACGCGGCAAACCCGAUCGUCCAUACCGGCUCUUCCAACGUGCACGAUCGUCCUGCAUCUUUCGAAGACGGCUCUCACUACACCGUCGGCCAUUCGUCUCCCCGGCCCUCCUCUCAACAUCACUACAACGAUCAGGUCCCUCGCAGCUGCCUGUCACCGGGCCCGUCAUUCUCCUUGCCGGAGGUGCCUACGCUGAGGAUGGAGAACGCGCUGGGGCUCUUCUAUCACCCCUCAUCCUACUCGAGCCCUCAGGUCAUGAUCCCGCCCUUCUCCUCGCCUCGAUUGAGCGAAAUCGGUGGUGGGUCUUUCCAUCUGGCUAGCCUGCCCUUCGACGCGCCCCCAGUCCCUCUCAUGGCCUUUACUCCAUCCUCGCACCCGGCCACGGAAAAGUGGCACUACCCCACCUUCACUUAUCCUGCAACCAAUAUCUCGACAUCUUUUUCUACGUCGGAGGGCGGCGCCGAGAACUCAUUGUUCUCCAAAUUCAACACCCUGUCCCUGUCCGAGAGCGGUCACCGUCUCGCUACGAAGGACGUGCCCAUGCUCGCCGCCGGUGUUUAG